CCAUCUUGAAAUUUCGUACAUUCACAUUGUCAAAUUUUGGUAGCCUUACGUUUCGUGUCACAGAAAAACUUCUGAGACUUAAAAAUGCGUUACGUAGCUGCCUAUUUAUUAGCCUCUUUGGCUGCCAAAGACCCAACUGAAGAAGACAUCAACAAAAUCUUGAGCUCAGUUGGUAUUGAAUCUGACUCCGUCAAGUUACAGAAGGUUUUGAAUGAGUUGAAGGGGAAGAACCUUGAAUCCAUCAUUGCUGAAGGAAAAACGAAGUUAGCUUCAAUGCCAUCUGGUGGAGCUGUCGCAGCUGCUGGUGCCCCGGCCGGUGGUGCUCCUGCUGCUGAAAAGAAAGAAGAAAAGAAGGAGGAGAAGAAAGAAGAGUCUGAAGGUUCUGAUGAUGACAUGGGCUUCGCACUGUUUGACUAAUCUCCUUUUUUUGUACAGUUUUUCAUCAUCUUUUGAAUAAAUGUGACUAUUUUUACAUCGA